AUGGCUGACAUCGAUAACGAGCGCAAUUGCGAGGAGAAGGUGGCAUCAAAGGAGGCACAGCUGCUCGCCGCAUGCUAUGAGGGAAAUAGCCAGCGCGCAAAGGAGCUCGUAGACCAGGGAGCAGAUAUUUUUGUCACAGACGAGACAGGCCGCACGGCACUGCACUUUGCCGCUGCGAGUGGCGAUGUGGACACGGUGAGGUUUGUGCUAAAGUCUGGCAUUCCAUGGAACUCGCUUGAUGUGGGCAACUACACUGCCGGCGACUACGCGGAGAGCAGCGGGCACGAUGCAGCGUACAACGAGCUUGUUCAGGCAGGAAUUCGCGCCGAGAUGAUUCUGCGUCUGUUCAACAAGGGCCAAGUUGAUGGCAAGGCUGCCAAUGAGGACUACCUGACGCAGCCCGUCGUGUACAGCGGAGACAGGCUGGUUGACGCCGAGAAGAACGGCGUCAUGAUGAGUUGGGAGGCGCCGCUGAUGGAGCUGCACGCCAAGACGAUCUGCGCGAACUCGGGCGGUGUUGUUCUCAACGUCGGUUUUGGAAUGGGCAUCAUUGACACUGCGUUGCAGCAGCUGAGCCCUGGAAAGCACGUCAUUAUUGAGGCACACCCGGACGUCUACCAGCACAUGAAGGACGAGGGCUGGGACAAGAAGCCCAACGUGUAUAUUCUUUUUGGCCGGUGGCAGGACAAGCUCGAUGAGGUUCGCGCCUUGGGACCGUACGACGGCAUCUUCUUUGAUACCUUUGGCGAGUUCUACAAGGACCUUGACGACUUCCACAAGGCCAUAUUCGCGGGCAACAACGAUGAUGGGGAGAAGCAACCGAUCCUCAGCCAGCCCGACGGCAUAUACAGCUUUUUUAACGGAAUGGGCGGCGACCACAAGCUGUUCCACGACGUCUACUGCCACGUUGCACGCGCCGACCUGCUGAAGCUGGGCAUGGACACGCAGUACUCGCAGGUGGCCAGCGACAUUGCCAUGGACGAGGGGACCUGGAAGGGUAUCAAGCGCCCGUACUGGAUGAUCAAGAGCUAUAACCUUCCGACGUGCAAGUGGGUGCAAAAGGAGUAA